CCUAUUAUGAAACACCCCAAGCACUGAAAGGACCCCCUUUUAAACCUCCCAGCUCGGUUCCUCCUCCUUCCUCCUCAACACGAAAACAUCUGGUUUCUGUGCUCCAAGUUCACGUUGAAACUGGCUACGACUUGACUCAUUGUUUGUCCGUUACGAAAGAAAAGUUCGACUGAAAGUCAUGGAUCCAGCUGUCAAAAACACUGGUCAUUUUGCAGACAACUGCAUUGAUCUCCAACCGGGAAAAACCUUCUCCAAUCCCAAUUAUGGACAAACGCCCGUCCCGCCAGGCUAUGUGCCUCCUCAGGCUCCGGCGAUGAUGCCGGCUCCUCUGAGACCGGCCGGGUGUCCACCUGGGCUGGAGUACUUGACGCAGAUCGACCAGCUUCUCGUUCACCAGAAAGUGGAGCUGGCUGAAGUUCUUUUAGGAUGGGAAUCUAACAACAAGUAUCUGGUGAAGAACACACUCGGGCAGCAGGUCUUCUACGUGGCUGAGGAGAACGACUGCUGUAACCGGAACUGCUGUGGACCGCUCCGCUCCUUCGUCCUCCACAUCCAGGACAAUAUGGGCCAGGAGGUGAUCACGCUGACCCGACCUCUGCGCUGUGGCAGCUGCUUGUGCCCCUGCUGUCUGCAAGAGCUCGAGGUGCAGUCUCCACCGGGCACUCCUAUUGGGUACGUGGUUCAGUCGUGGCACCCUUACCUGCCCAAGUACACCAUUCAAAACGAGAACAAGCAGGAUGUUCUGAAGAUCGUGGGACCUUGCUGCACCUUUAAAUGUUGUUCCGAUGUGAAUUUUGAGGUUUUGUCGAUGGAUGAAACGGCGACUGUGGGCCGCAUCAAUAAGCAGUGGACAGGCUACUUACAAGAGGCUUUCACGGACGCCGACAAUUUCGGGAUCAAGUUCCCUCUGGACCUGGAUGUGAAGAUCAAGGCCGUGCUUCUCGGAGCCUGUUUUCUCAUCGACUUCAUGUUCUUCGAGAAUAAACAGAAUAAACAAUGAGUGGGAGGUUCCUUCCUGUUUUCCUCGGCGUGAAUCGUCCGUGCUUCGUGUCUUCGCUGGACCUUACCCGCAACACCAAAUACAACAGGAGAAUAUACUGUACAUCUCUUUCUUACUACAAAUAUUCAGUGAAUCUUUAAUAUACUGUGUAUGUACAUUGUGUAUGGGACUUCUCAUUUCUAUGUGUUUUUUUUUUUUUAAUUUAGUUAUAAGCUCUAGAUGGCACCAUAGCGCAAUUGUUCUGAGCAGCAGUCCGGAUGUCAUUGUCCCUUCACGCUGUUGUAUCAUUGUGUAUACACUGUAAAUGUCUGUCGUUUAAAGAUAAGACCAAGCAGAAAUUUUUGUAGAAUCGCCACUAAUUGGGCCACUUUUGGCACUUUGACCUUAACUGGUGCUCAGGAAGCCAUUACAGUCUACAUUACGAUUACUCCAACUUUAUCCAACAGAAACACCAAAGAACAGAGGUUUUGUGUUGAAAAUGGACGACACUCAGCCUCUUAAAACUGCCGUGUUCCUAGGCUGACUAGAAUAGAGUGGGGUUUUUUUUUCUUCUCCCAGAGAACAGUACGCAAGCCUGCAUCCUGCCCUCAUUCCAUUUUUGGGCAAAACAACAGGGGUGUGACUUGGUUUGAUCAAUAAUGGAGGAUUCGUCUAACGGCGGCGCCUGGAGAGCCAGUCGUCCUCCAAAUGAAAGGCCUGAUUGAUGCUCGUUUCACCUGACCCGCAUCGCGCCAUCUGUGGACUGUAGACUCUGAUAUAACUCGCUUCUAACGAAAUGAAGAACGCUUUUGUACGUGCCCAAAAACAAUCCCAGUUUGAUCCUAGUGUCCGUUUUGGAAGUUCACACAAGAAAACAGGAAACAUAACAGGCCAGAUUGAACGCAUAAUCUCCUAAUGACUUGUAUACACCAAACUGGAACAUAACCCAAACUAAUCCAGCUCCUUGGUGGGUUGACCCUGAUUGGAUAAACACGUUCAGUCUCGGAAAAGGAAUGAAAAUGAAAGAACUCUUGCUAUCUCUAUUUUUUUAUAUAACUCUCUCUCUCUCUCUCUCUCUCUCUCUCUCUCUCUAUAUAUAUAUAUAUAUAUAUAUAUAUAUAUAUAUAUAUAUAUAUAUAUAUAUAUAUAUAUAUAUAUAUUCGCUAAUACAUAUAUUUUUAAAUUCCUUGUCAAUAUACUGUAGGAACCGAUAUAAAGAUUCCACUUUUGACAUAUUUUUGAGUGGAAAUGCUUAGCAGCGUACUCCGGUGUGUCCGAAUGAAGUUCUCCCAUGCCUAUGCCAAAUGUGUGAAGGUUUGGCUCUUGCUUAAUUGAAAAGUACGAUGAAGUAAGGAGAUGAAACGGCAUCUCCAGUGUAUGAAUCCAGGAAGUUACUGCAGCGUACGUCAAUAAUAAUAGUAGAUGUAGUAAAAGUUAAGCGCAACACGCUUAAUUUAAACAUUUUGUUCAAUAUAAUCAAUAGAAACAUGAUGUUUUGGACAAAAUGGUUGAUAAUGGAAAAACACCAGAACAUUGAGUUAAUUCGAUGGUGUUCCAAAGUUGUUCUCCGGACAUUUCUUCUCUUCAUCGUUCACCCGACAACAACGAGCAAUGCAAACGGAAAUAUCAAAGUUCUAUCCAUCGCUGAUAAAGUGCAAGAAAAAGAGACGAUCCUUCAUUCUGAUUAGGUCGAAGGUGCUCGACAGUCUAUUUCAGACUAUAUCUACGUUUUCUUCUCAGUAUUUCAGAAUUUUAGAAGUCUUCAUAAUAAAUAUAUAUAUAUAUGUAUUUAAAGAUACAGUUAAAAACGUAUGUAUUUUUCUUUGUUUAUUUUAGUACAUAUACAGAGUCUAAUCACACUUGAGUGUUUAUUCUCAAUGCAUGUAUCAAACAAUAAAGAUAAAAAGAAGGAAGACUCGG